GUUUAUCUCAAAAACUCUUUUGUUUAUUCUUUCAAGAACUUUUAGUGGUGGGGCUUAUAAAAACCAAAGCAAUUAGUCUCGAGCUAUCGAAAGAUUACAAAAAAAAAUAUACAUAAACCAAACAGAGGAAACGCAAAAGAAAACAAUGGCAGGUCAUGGAUCAUCUUGUGGAGCAUGCAAGUUCCUAAGGAGAAAAUGCAACAGCGAUUGCGUCUUCUCGCUUUACUUCAGCUAUGAGCAAGCCUCAUCCCAUUUUGCAGCGGUCCACAAAGUCUUUGGCGCAAGCAAUGUCUCGAAGCAUUUGCUUCAUUUGCCUCUACAUCAGAGAAGCGCCGCUGCGAUCACCAUCUCCUACGAGGCUCUCUCUCGCAUGUGUGAUCCUGUUUAUGGCUGCGUUGCUCACAUCUUUGCUCUUCAGCAACAGGUCGUGGCUUUGCAAGAGGAGAUUGAGUUUCUUGGGUCGCAGAUGGCGAAUUUCUCCUACUCUAGUCAAAGCAGAACACAGCCUAACAACAUACCGGAGUUCAUGAAUCAGAUGACAAUGGACACGACCGGUUUCGUCGACGAGAGUCUUUUAAACAACGACGAUGGAAGAAACUGCGUUGAAGGGGUUUUCACUAAUCCGGAGGAAUUGCUCGUGAAUCAUCCAUGGCUUCAGAACAUGGACUAUCAUUACUACGCACCACAACAUUAGACGUUCACUAAAAAUGAUCGAUCGAUGGGGAGCAUGGUUUUUUGCAAUGAUAAUCGGAUUUUUUUUAGUUUGUUUCCGAUAUCGGUCUUUAUAUUUAGGUCGCCUUAUCGGGUUACAUAUGCAAUUUGACAAGGGUUACGUAGAUCUCCAACUAAAGUUGGACUAUUUUAAGAAUAUUGUAUUUAGGUAAUCAUGCCACUAUUUAAGUCAUUUGUAUGAAACUAGUUAGUGUCUUUUGUCUCUCUAUAUGUAAAAUGUUUGUGUAUCAUUCGUCUAAUUAAUGUGAUAAAUCAC